AUGACAAGCAUCAUGACAAGCAUCAUGGCACUGAUAAGCAUCACGGCACUAAGAAGCACCACUCGUCCACGGCCUUGGUUAAUCCUUCGUACGUGCACCCUCACCAUGGCGACCAUAGGCACCACAGCGGCCAUAAGCACCAUAGCGAGCACAAGCACCUCAGCGACCAUAAGCACCACAAUGACCACAAGCAUUACAGCGGCCAUGAGCACCACGGCACGGCCAAGGUGA